GUCAAGUUGCAAAAAACAACUCUUUUUAUGCCUCACUGCAUAUGGAACCUAUCGAUAUACAAGAACAUCCACAAGCAGAACCGUCUAAUCAGCAUUUAUCAGAAUCUUCAAAUAGUGAACAGAGUGAAAAAAUUGAUAUGAACAAAGAAAUCGAUAAUACUACGCUUAAUGCUUUCAUAGAAAAAAUUAGAAAUGAUUAUCAAAAUGGUGGUUCGCAGUUUUGUGCCGCAUUGGACAAAUUUACUAGACAGUACCAUACAUCAAAAGCAACAUCAUUUGCCCGGCUAUCUUCUUUUCUUUAUAACAGUAAUGCAGAUCCAACCCGUAUUAAAAGCGGUGCUAUGAUACGUGUUCAAGUUGAAUCUACCAAACGUCGCAAUUCUGAAAGUUCUGGUGGCACUAGACGAAAACCGCAUGCUAAAGCAAGAAAAGGUAAAGAAAAUCUUGAUCCUCAAGCAAUUCCAAGUCGGAAGAAAAGAAAACACAAUAAAAAAGAGCAUAAUCUGGGCAAAAAUGUUUUAAACAAUCUAUUAAAUUGA